UUCAGACGCAGAACUGGACUCAUCAUCCACCAGCGCAUCCACACAGGUGAGAGACCCUACAAGUGCCCUGAGUGUGGGAAGGGCUUCAGAAGCAGUUCCAACCUCAUCGGCCACCAGCGCAUCCACACAGGUGGGAGACCCUACAAGUGCCCUGAGUGUGCAAAGAACUUCAAAAGCAAUAGAGAAAUUACUGUCCACCAGCGCGUCCACACAGAAGAGAGACCCUACAAGUGCCCUGAGUGUGGAAACGGCUUCAAAAGCAGUCGUGAACUCAUUCGCCACCAGCGCAUUCACACAGGAGAGAGACCCUACAAGUGUGCUGAGUGUGGGAAGGGCUUCAAAAUGAGUGCCCAACUCAUCUGCCACCAGCGCAUCCACACAGGAGAGAGACCCUACAAGUGCCCUGAGUGUGGGAUGAGCUUCAAAAGGAGUGCCCAUCUCAUCAUCCACCAGCGCAUCCACACAGAAUUGCUGCUUGGUGCCUUUUGGAGUCAAUGGUGAAUUACCAUGAGCACAGCGGUAAGAGGACGGAUGUGCUGUUUCUCCCGAGGAACCAAAUGUGGGUACCCUGACAACCAGCUGCUGCCCCUGGUAACAAAAGGAUGCUAUGGAGAGGAUAAAAACCCAAAGAGUUCUAAGGAAGAACGGGUACCCCCUCCUCUGAACUGCAGCCGUGCAGGUCAAUGAGACAUCACUGAGCAACUUGCUGCCUCCAACGGACCAACGAGACGUCACUGGAUCCCUGUUGCUGACUAUCCCCGCUCUGUAAACCCUUUGCUAGAAUUCCUCUCCUUCUCGCCAGCUUCCCCGUCUCCCCCAUCUCCCUGUGUUGCUUAGACGUUGUAAUAAAUCAGUUGGACAACACUG